GAGCAGCGGGUGCGGCGGCGGACCUGGUGGGAGUGGGGGGGCUUAGACCAGCACAGUCCCGGCCAGGCCCGCAGCUACUCCUUGCGCCCAGUUGGGGUCCCGGUCUCGGCAGAAAGUGUGGCCGCCCUGCCGCGCCCGGGGCCGCCGCGAUGCCGUUCCUGCACGGCUUCCGGAGGAUCAUCUUCGAGUACCAGCCGCUGGUGGAUGCGAUCCUGAGCUCCCUCGGGAUCCAGGACCCCGAGCGGCAGGAGCCCCUGGAUGGGCCCAGUUACGUCCCCAGUGAGGAGAGCCGACUCCUUGUUCUCACCGAACUUCUGGAGAGAAAGGCCCACUCUCCAUUCUACCAGGAAGGUGUGAGCAAUGCCCUGCUGAAGAUGGCUGAGCUGGGGCUGACCCAGGCAGCCGACGUUCUCCUGCGGAACGGGGCCAACCUCAACUUUGAAGACCCGGUCACCUACUACACGGCCCUGCACAUCGCUGUCCUGCGAAACCAGCCCGACAUGGUGGAGCUGCUGGUGCGCCACGGAGCCGACAUCAACCGGAGGGACCGGAUCCACGAGAGCAGCCCCCUGGACCUGGCCAGCGAGGAGCCCGAGCGCCUGCCCUGCCUGCAGCGCCUCCUGGACCUCGGAGCGGACGUCAAUGCAGCCGACAAGCAUGGGAAGACGGCUCUGCUCCACGCUCUGGCCAGCAGCGACGGGGUGCAGAUCCACAACACCGAGAACAUCCGCCUGCUGCUGGAAGGAGGGGCAGAUGUCAAGGCGACCACCAAAGAUGGGGACACCGUGUUCACCUGCAUCAUCUUCCUGCUCGGUGAGACAGUGGGAGGGGACAAAGAGGAAGCCCAGAUGAUCAACCGCUUCUGCUUCCAAGUCACGCAGCUGCUGCUGGCUCACGGGGCUGACCCCAGCGAGUGCCCGGCCCACGAGUCCCUCACACACAUCUGCCUCAAGAGCUUCAAAGUGCACUUCCCGCUGCUGCGCUUCCUGCUGGAGUCAGGUGCCGCCUACAAUUGCUCUCUCCACGGGGCGUCCUGCUGGUCUGGCUUCCACAUCGUCUUCGACAGGCUCUGCUCCCACCCAGGCUGCGCCGAAGACGAGAGCCACGUGGACCUCCUGCGCAAAGCUGAGACCGUCCUGGACCUCAUGGUGACGAAUUCCCAGAAACUCCAGCUGCCUGAAAACUUCGACAUCCAUCCUGUGGGCAGCCUGGCAGAAAAGAUCCAGGCCCUUCACUUCUCCCUGAGGCAGCUGGAGAGCUAUCCCCCUUCCCUCAAGCAUCUGUGUCGCGUUUACAUCCGGCUCUACCUCCAGCCAUGGCCUGUGGAUGCGAAAGUCAAAGCCCUCCCUCUGCCGGACAGGCUGAAGUGGUACCUCCUCAGUGAGCACAGCAGCUCCAUCGAAGGUGACAUCUGACCACGCCUGGACUGAAGGGAACAGCGUCCAGGCCCAUUGGCGGCCUGCUGGUGGAUCUAAGUACCUGUGACAGCCUCAGAGAGAACCUUCGGUCCUGCCCAUCAAGAUGCCAUUGGUAAUGAGACUUGAACCUUAGUACAGACAGAGCCCGGCAGCCGCAGUCACUCCAGUGGGUAAAGGCUGCGUGUCUUUCAGGGAGACCACCCCAUCCCUUCAGCAGCACCCCCAGGUUCCUGUCUCCCGUUGGAAAACACGACAGGGCGCAGGUUUGGGACAUGUUUGAAGGAAGUGGCGGGCGUCCCCAGGAGCAGGGCAGCCCUGAGCCUAGGUCCUCGGCCGGGAGCUGCAGACAGGGCUGAAGCCA